ACGCAGUGUGAGACCUCUCUGUUACGUAACCAGCGAGGAUUGAGGACUUUGUUACCCCUUAUAACCCCCUAUCGCCUCACCGUACAAUCGUAUCGUCGUCGUCAUUCCCUCCGAAAUCCGCCCUGCAAGGCAGUGCAACUCCCUCGCGACCUCCACCCUUUCCCAAACCUCCACCAAACAUCGUGGGAAGGCCUUCUCCGCAUUUGCUUCCGGCAACAACAAACCGCAAUUCAACAACAUUCAACUCGACCACCACGCCACCACCUUGCCACCUCCAUCCUCACACAUGCAAGAACAAGACCAAGUCCCACGCAUUACCGUAGAACGUCAAGUUGAAUGGCUGCGAGUACAGGAGAAUGCCAAUGCCGCGCUUUCUCAAUCCCUCGAGGACCGCCUGAGCACCCUUCCCCCAAUCGAGGCGCGCCGACUGCGACCCAAGCUCGAGGCGGAGCUUAACGCAAUCCGAGAUCGCAUGUGGGAGAUGGCCAAGCCAAAUUUGCGGGUAAACGGCUUCAACUACGAGGAAUACGUGGAAACUACGGAGCCGUUCGAUGAGGCGCUCGAUCGUACUCUCUGGUCGCUCAACUCAGAGCGUGUUAACUGGGUCGGAAAGGUCAACAACAAGCGGCGAACGAUCCCAGAUCAAACAGCUGGCGUGCUCGAGGAUAUGGAGGUGCGACGCGACGGGCUAACAUGGGCACCCAGCAAGGAGCAGGAGGCCGAGCUUAAACAAGCACUCGAAGACGCGCAGAAGGAGGUGCGCACGGAGGAUUACCCGCCACCACCACGGUACGGCGAGGUGGUAGACACGUUCCAUAAGGUCAUCGAGAAUCUGUCUGAGCUGGUGGAAACGGCACCGAAGCAGUUGGAGCGUGCUGAGCGAGUGCAUCAGGUGCGCGACGAGAUUUCACGGCUACCAGUCUAGAGUUAUAGUUCCGGGGGGGGGCAAGUCUAGGGCGCAAGUGUAUCAUGGUAGCGAUGUACAACUAGUCAUCCAGGCUCUUAGGUCGCGGGACAACUAGAACUCGUCGCGCUUGACUCGCUGCUUGGGCUCAAGCACGUUGGCGCCGGUGAUGCCGUCCCUCUCACGCAAACUGCGGAGAACGUGUUCACCGUCCCGCUUCCACUCGUUCGACUCAGCCGCGCCGACGACUUCAAACACGUGCUCGCCCUCAAGCUCGCCAACCGGACCGCGGUACUCGAGCUUGACCGGCGAGUCUGAGAGGCGCUCGGACAGUUCUGCGGGGGCGAUGUG